AUGCCUAUUUUCCAAGAUCCGGAUCAUCAGCGCCUCUACGAUUUAUGGUCCGAUGACCACCAGUCCCACGAGCACCAGAACCACCAGGACAGAGAGGAUAGGCCGUGGAAUGAUGCGCCAUCAUGGAGGAAUGACUUUGAUUACGGAGAGUCUAAAUGCGAAUCCUUGAACCCGGAAGUCAGGGACUUUGGGUACUCCCGACUCCCGGGUCCUCAUUUCUCCAAGUUACAUACCAGUGAUCGCGGGGAGCUGAUACAGUACCUUAAGAGGUCUGAGACGUCGGCUUGGAUACAGAGUCGUCUGGCGGACAACUCAAGUGACUAUUCGAUACACGUCAUGCCAUGCGAGCGCUCACAUAUGGACAGUUUUGACCGGAAUACCGGUAGUGGGCGACAAGAAAAUGAAACUACAGAAUUGGCCUCUCCUACUAGUAUAGAGCGGCCUCGUUCAGCGUUACAUUCUGGCGAUUUCAGGGAGGGAGGUGGUGGACAACAGAUAAAGGGACAACUACAGUCCCUUUCUUCUGAACAUGGCCAUGGCCCCUCCCAUCUCUCUCUGCUAGGAUCCUCUCCCACCACUCCUUGGUUCAAAACCCCAGUAUUUUCCUCAUCACUGUCGCUGCGCACCCCCACGCAUGAUCCGGAGCCGAGAAGUCCGGUAAAUAGGUCGCGGGCACCUUCAUUCUCGUCCAGCUAUGUUCUGAAGGCUCCAACCAGUCCUCUUGUGUACCAAGCGAAUAACACAGACCUUGACUUUUCCCCCAAGGUCGAUGCCAUGGAAAUAUCGGAGUCUCAGGAGAAAGCCAACCGUCGUCGCACUUUGCCCCCAGAGACUUUCCGGUACCUACAGUCAUCGCCUACAGAUCAAAUCAACUUUGGCGCCUUUGAUAUUCAUCAGCGACGAGAAGAGGUUCUCCCCCAGCCAAGCUCGCCCCGACGGACAUUGGCGUCCGGAUACAGUCUGCAACUUGCUUCAUCGAUCCAGGCUCCUGCGCAGCGGGCCAGAAGGCCAUCUUUUGACGUACCUUUGAAAGGUCACGCUCCAAUGGUCGGAUCGUACGAAGAGUCUAUACUCCGCGGACGGAUGUCGAUGAACCCUUCGAAACCUCUAGAUUUCACGGCGCAAAUUGGCGUGCUUGGGAGAAGUAAAUGCAAGUCGAGUCUCAAAUGCCCGCCACAUGUGUCAAUACCGUUCCCUGCAGUGUUUUAUAGUUACCCUACUUCGGGUUCUGGACGGUCUAUUUCGGACGAUAAUCCAAGUCCUUAUGUCGGUCAUAUCGAUUUGGAAAACUCACUUCCGAAAGACGACCCGGCUACCAACAAGCGUCGCAGACGCUAUCAGAGCCCAACGGGAAUGAAUAAUGACCCCGUUGCCAACGAUGCAGUUGCGCCUAAAUAUUCUGACCAAGACACACUGCGCCGACGAGAGAAGAGAAACAGAAGGGCAGACUCACCGAAAUGUCCGCCCGGCGGGUGCUACAGAAUACCGCAACAAGGACAACUGCAAAUCAUGAUCAAGAACCCGAAUAAGACAGCGGUCAAUCUAUUCCUAGUUCCGUAUGACUUGAGCGAUAUGGAACCGGGCACAAAGACAUUCAUCCGGCAGAGAAGCUAUUCAGCUGGUCCCAUAAUCGACAUGCCCCUCAGUGCACGGAAGAAUUACGGCACUGAUCGCCCGGAGGCAUCACUGAGUGUAUCAGAGGAUCCUAAGGACAAGCCUAUCCUGAGAUAUCUGGUCCAUUUGAAUAUCUGCUGCCCGUCCAAAGGCCGUUUCUAUCUGCACUCGAGCAUCCGCGUUGUAUUCGCCAAUCGAGUCCCGGAUGGAAAGGAGAAGUUGCGAAACGAAACACAACAUCCCGAUCCAAAGUAUACGCCGUACAAGCCCGCUCGGGAUCCCGGCACCAAGUCUGCCUCAGAGAAGACGGAUCACAGACGGAGUGCAGCAGGUCAAGGUACGAUACCCAAUGAUACUGAGGGAAUAAGAGAUCUCGCUGCCGUGCCUGCACGGCAUCCGUUCCAGCCCAUCCCAUCUCUAAGAGAAACUCCACUUACCUCUCCCGGUUCCGAAUCAGCUGGCGAGGCCGGAAUAUAUAACAAACUUAGCAGAGGUGAUGCUGGGUACGGCGGUUAUCAGUUCGGCUCCGAGGUUGGAGAAAGCCUGCUAGCCAAAAGAUUGCGCGGGCUAGAUGUCCAGAAACAUGACACGCGGUAUAUCAACUGA